ACUGAGUCGUCGUCGUCUCCUCUCGUUCUGUGCACCCUCUCCUCUCCUUCUCUUCUCCUCUUUCGAGCUCCUCUCUCUCUCUCUCUCUCUAUCUCUCUCUCUCUUUAAUCGCAUGGGGAGCUCCGGCGAAGUGGCGGUGGCGGCGCUCCUCCUCCUCCUCCUCCCAUGGCUUCUCGCCAUGUCUCCCGCCGACGGCUUCUACCUCCCCGGUGUCGCCCCGCGCGAUUUCCAGAAGGACGAUGAACUUCAAGUGAAAGUGAACAAGCUUUCAUCUACAAAGACGCAACUUCCUUAUGACUACUAUUUCUUGGACUAUUGCAAGCCUCCCAACAUUGUGAACAGUGCUGAGAACUUGGGGGAGGUUCUUCGUGGCGAUCGAAUUGAGAAUUCUGUCUAUGCAUUCAAAAUGGGAAGGGAUGAGAGUUGCAAAGUGGCAUGUCGCACCAAGCUUACUCAGCAAGCUGUGAAGAAAUUCAAAGAAAAGAUAGAUGAUGAAUACCGAGUCAACAUGAUCUUGGAUAAUCUUCCUGUUGCAGUUCCUAGGCAAAGAAGAGAUGGAAGCGAUGCAUUAAGCUAUGAACAUGGUUUCGCAGUUGGUUAUAAGGACAAGGAUGACAAGUAUUACAUAGACAAUCACUUGAGUUUCAAAGUCAUGUACCAUGAAGACCAAGAGACUGAGGAUGCUCGUAUUGUUGGUUUUGAGGUGAUUCCAAGCAGUGUAAAGCAUAAAUACAGUGAAUGGGAUGAUAAAAACCCUAAAUUGUCAACAUGCAAUGCUCAGAUAACUCCAGGCGGCCAAACUCCCCAGGAAGUAGCUGCAGAUGCUUACAUUGUAUUCACAUAUGAUGUUUCUUUCCAGCCUAGUGACAUCAAAUGGGCAUCUCGCUGGGACACUUACCUUCUCAUGAAUGAUGAGCAAAUUCACUGGUUUUCAAUCAUCAACUCUCUAGUGAUUGUCCUCUUUCUCUCUGGCAUGGUAGCGAUGAUCAUGUUAAGAACACUCUAUAGGGAUAUAGCAAACUAUAACCAACUAGAUAAUCAGGACGAAGCUCAGGAAGAAACUGGAUGGAAACUUGUUCAUGGUGACGUAUUCCGCCCUCCCAUCCAUUCCGGCCUACUCUGCGCUUACGUGGGAACUGGAGUUCAGUUUUUUGGGAUGACACUUGUCACAAUGAUAUUCGCCCUGCUAGGGUUUCUAUCCCCCUCCAACCGCGGGGCCCUUAUGACUGCUUUGGUCCUAUUAUGGGUUUUUAUGGGCCUAUUCGCAGGAUAUUCCUCAUCCCGCCUCUAUAAAAUGUUCAAAGGCACAGAGUGGAAGAAGAUAACCCUAAAAACUGCAUUCAUGUUCCCUGGUAUAGUCUUCGCCAUCUUCUUCUUCCUGAAUGCAUUGAUCUGGGGGGAGAAGUCAUCAGGAGCUGUUCCUUUCGGGACUAUGUUCGCUUUGGUUCUCCUUUGGUUUGGCAUUUCAGUUCCUUUAGUCUUUCUUGGCAGUUACCUAGGGUUCAAGAAGCCGGCUAUUGAGGACCCUGUGAAAACCAACAAAAUUCCUAGGCAAAUCCCUGAGGUGGGAUGGUACAUGCAUCCGGCUUUCUCUAUUCUGAUCGGCGGUAUUUUACCAUUCGGUGCUGUCUUUAUUGAGCUAUUCUUUAUUCUCACUUCCAUCUGGCUGAACCAAUUCUACUACAUCUUCGGCUUCCUCUUCAUCGUAUUCAUCAUCCUACUCAUAACUUGCGCGGAAAUCGCAAUAGUGCUUUGCUACUUCCAGCUGUGUAGUGAGGAUUACCAUUGGUGGUGGAGGGCGUACUUGACCGCUGGCUCUUCCGCUUUAUAUCUUUUUGCAUAUUCAGCAUUCUAUUUCUUCACCAAGUUGGAUAUCACGAAGUUUGUCUCAGGUAUUCUAUACUUUGGGUACAUGUUGAUCGUGUCUUAUGCUUUCUUCGUACUCACUGGGACCAUCGGCUUCUAUGCCUGUUUCUGGUUCGUCCGAAAAAUAUAUUCAUCCGUGAAAAUAGAUUGAUGAGACUGUAGCACAGAAGAGAGGAUUAUGUAUGUUCUCUCACUAAGAAUUCAGACACUAGGGACGGAGUCACACUUGAACAGUGAUUCAGAGAAUUGUGACAGGGAUGAACCACUAUUUUGAACUUGCAGAUCAAAAACAGGGAUGUUUAAUUGUUUUGUUCAACCUCCAAAUAAUGUACUGCUUGUAAUUUAUCUCUCUUUCUUAAUGAUAUUUGUACAACACUGAACAAUGUUAGAUUUAUUUCCUUUUAUAAGGGACUCAAAGAUUAUUAGACACUUUAAGUGAUUGCACACACAUUUGAAAUUAAGGAAUUUCUUCUACCGUUCAUAGU